UACUGUAGUGGCAACAGUUGAACAUCUGAUACGAAGUUCUAUAUGUCGAAUGUACAUCCAAUAUAAUUAUGUAUAAAAGUGCUAUUUUUCUACUUUUUAUUAUUAUCAACACAUCGAAUAAGUAUGUAAUCGCCGAAAAUGACGAAGAUAUAUCGGCAGAUCUGUAUGUUAUCGAAGGAAAAGUAUUUCCAUGGGAAAAUGGAGCUCCAAGUGGAUGGCAAUUAAUGACUCAUGUUAUGGCUAAUGGUGGAGAACAUUAUGGUUUCUUAAGGGAGGAUGGAACGUUUAUUAUUUCAAAUGUACCAUCAGGAUCAUAUGUAAUUGAAGUUGUAAAUCCAAACUGUGUUUAUGAACCUGUUAGAGUAGAAAUUAAUUCAAAGGGAAAAUUCAGAGCAAGGAAAGUUAAUUUGAUUCAGACGUCUCAAGUAAUACAAGUUCCAUAUCCAUUAAAAAUGAGACCACUCACACCAUUUCGUUAUUUCCAAGUUAGAGAACAGUGGAGAGCAACUGACUUUUUAUUUAAUCCCAUGGUUUUAAUGAUGAUAUUACCGUUAUUGCUAAUUAUGAUUAUACCAAAAAUCAUGAAUGACCCUGAAACUAGGAAGGAGAUGGAGCAAUUAAAUAAUUUCACCAAUUACAAUAUGCCAGAAAUGUCUGAAGUAAUAACAUCAUUCUUAUCUGGUGGGGAGAAACAAAAAGCAAAAGCAGUAAAAGCUGCAAAAAAGAGACAAUGAUUAAAAUGCUUAUAGAAUGUAUAUUUGCACUUUUGCUCUAGUCUUUCAAUAGUUAAUCAAAUUUCUAGAAAAAAUGUUAAACUCUUCUCACUUUUUUAAUUUUCAUGUAGCAUUGUCACAUUUGAAAACAGGUAACAGAGAAUUCUAAAAUGUUAUUUUAAUGCAACAAAAUAAAUAUAUUGAUAUUAUAUUACAUAAUUUGUUACAAGUUAUAAUAAAGAAGGAAAAAGCUAAAGUACA